AUGGUAAAGAAUAGAAACAGGUCAGACUCUAUACACAGUGUGAAAAGCACGCAGGAUGAUUCUGUUACGGAGGAAAAGGUAGAGGAGAAGAAAGAAUUGGAAAAACGGGACUCGCACAGUCAAACAUAUAAGGAUUCUGACAAAACGUGGAAGGAUUCGAGACGUCUGAUUUUUGUCUUUGGGGCUCUGUUGGGAUUGGUUCUGGCGCUAUGGUUUGGUUCUUCUGGGGACAAAUACUCUAACGACAUGUUUGAUAAUUUCUAUGUGUUUGAAUCUGUGCAGAAUUAUGUGGGAGAUUGGAAGGAAUUGUUGCCCCAGAGUGUCAGCAAUCUGAUUGGAGAUUUCCAAUUUGAUAAUACGCAAGCCGAUCUAACGGAGUCGUUUGCUGUUGGGAAACAAUUGAGGCGAGACUUGAACCUUACUGACAAGCACCCACUGAUCAUUGUUCCAGGUGUGAUCUCCACCGGUAUUGAGUCAUGGGGUCUGUACAAGGACGAGGAAUGCGAUAGCGAGCCUCAUUUCAGGAAGAGGCUUUGGGGAUCCUUCUAUAUGCUAAAGGCAAUGGUUUUAGAUAAAACCUGCUGGCUAAGGCAUGUUAAAUUAGAUCCAGAAACCGGGUUGGACCCGCCGCACUACAAGCUACGUGCUGCCCAAGGGUUUGAAUCAGCCGACUUUUUCAUGGCAGGAUACUGGCUAUGGAAUAAAGUACUUCAGAACCUUGGGGCCAUUGGAUACGACUCCAAUAAGAUGAUGACGGCCUCGUACGAUUGGAGAUUAUCUUAUUUAGAUUUGGAGAUUAGGGACCGCUAUUUCACUAAAUUGAAGCUGCAAAUUGAAUUGGGUUUGGAACACUCAGGCGAGAAAACUGUACUUGUAGGACACUCCAUGGGCUCCCAAGUGGUGUUUUAUUUCUUGAAAUGGGUUGAAGCCUCGGGGAAAAAUUACGGUAACGGUGGGCCUGGAUGGGUUGAUAAGCACAUCGAAGCCUUUAUCGAUGUAGCAGGCACUUUGCUUGGUGCACCUAAGUGUGUUCCAGCUUUGAUCAGCGGUGAGAUGAAGGAUACCAUUCAACUAAAUACCUUGGCCAUGUAUGGUUUGGAGAAGUUCUUUUCGAGAAAAGAAAGACUAGAAAUGUUGCAAACUUGGGGCGGUAUCCCAUCAAUGCUACCAAAGGGAGGUGACCUAAUCUGGGGUGACCUUGACUACUCUGUAGAAGAUAGUUCUAAUGAUUCGAACAAUACGGACACAUUUGGGAACUUCAUUAGAUUUGCAAAUCUUAACGAGGACAUUAUUCCAGAAGAAGACACGACUUGGAAUAACCUCACAAUGAGUAGCGCUAUCCAGUAUGUGUACGACACUUCCCCAGAUUGGUUGCAAAAACGUAUAACUGAUCAAUACUCGUUUGGGUACGCAACAACAGAAAAGGAGAUGAAGCAGAACGAACUACACCAUUCACAUUGGAGUAAUCCAUUGGAAGUACCUUUGCCAAAUGCUCCAAAUAUGAAGAUAUACUGUUUGUACGGUGUCAACAACCCAACGGAACGUGCCUACACUUACAAGAAGGACACAGACUCCAGCUACUUAAACCUAACGAUUGCAUAUGAUUCCCCACAACCAGUCUUCUUUACGGAUGGUGAUGGUACCGUGCCAUUAGUCACCCACAGUAUGUGCCAUAAAUGGAAAGAAGGGGUCACACCAUAUAAUCCGGCCGGCAUUGAAGUCAAGAUCGUGGAAAUGAUGCAUCAACCGGAUAGAUUCGACAUACGUGGUGGUGCAAAGAGUGCAGAGCAUGUCGAUAUUUUAGGAAGUGCUGAAUUAAAUGAAUAUAUAUUAAAGAUAGCAGGUGGUCGCGGUAAUCUGAUUGAGGACAGACUUCACACAAACCUAACCAAUUGGGUGAACGAAAUGUCGUUCCCUAUGUAA